AUGUAUGCCCAUCCACAACACAUCCCGCAACCACCUCACAGCGCGGGCAGGCGUCCACAGGGUUUUCGCACCAAGAUCAAUCCAGACCAAAUCCCUUCCGCCACCGCUGCCAUCGAAUUCGACCGACACCAAUGGGAAGACACACAGUUCUUCGGUCACCCAGGCAGUCAUGUCCCGUUCUCCACCUCGGACUUUGUCUCCGUUGACCAAGGCAAUUCGUCGCCAAAGUUUGUUCGGAUGACAACGUGGAAUAUCCCCAACUCAUCUAGACUUGCCGGGGACUGCGCGAUUCCGAUGGUUGCUAUCCUUCAACCUUUUGCUGACUUGGACGCUCGUGAAGACCCCAUUCCACUUGUUGACUUUGGAGAGCAAGGACCAUCUCGCUGCACGAAUUGUAGAGCCUAUAUCAACCCGUGGUGCACUUGGGAACGUGGGGGAAAUGCAUGGAAAUGCAACUUAUGUGCCCAUGAAACCCAAGUAUCUACUGAGUACUUUUGCCAUCUGGACGCCAAUAUGCGUCGAAUGGACCACGAUCGACGACCAGAACUGAAUCGCGGGACUGUUGAUUUCGUUGUUCCUAAGGAAUAUUGGGCAACAAAUCCGCCUCAACGACUAUCUAUGCCAUACUACUCUAUCGACCCGCCACCCAGUGGACCACGACAACCCCAACCCCUCAGCUUCGUUUUUGCCUUCGACGUCUCAAACGAAGCUGUCCAGUCUGGAGCAUUAAAGACCGCUUGUGCUGCUUUGCAAGACGCACUUUUCGGUCCUGAUGCAUGCUUCCCUCCAUCCAGUUGUUUAGCAAUCUUAACCUUCGACGAAACGCUACAUUUUUAUGAUCUUUCGACAGACUCAGUUCCAAUGCUUGUCGUGUCUGACAUUGAUGAGGUCUUCGUGCCAUUGCGUGCGGGGCUCUUUGUUAACCCCAUGGACCGUCGAACCGCGAUUGAAAGCUUGCUGAAUUCGAUUCCUGAACGGUUUGCUUCGAUGACCCAUGUUAAUGCUGCACUUGGGUCCGUGAUUCGAGCUGGCCUUGCGGGUUUGGCUGGUCGUGGUGGCCAAAUUGUGGUAUUUCAGAGCACCAUGCCCACUAUUGGGCAUGGCGCUCUACCCGGAGAAGUCCAAGAGGCAAAUUUGUACGACACUCCUAAAGAAAUCUCGCUUUAUGCUCCUCGGGAUAACACUUGGCGUGAAAUUGGUGCAGAAUGCGCCGAGGAGGGUGUAGGCGUCAGCAUGUUUCUGACAAUGAGUAGAUAUCUCGAUGUUGGCUCAAUCGGUGUGGUAUCAUCUUUGACUGGGGGAGAACUUUUCUUUCACCCGCGUUUCAAUCCUACCCGCGAAGCUUCGGUUUUUCGAUCGCAAUUAAAUCGCUUGAUUGGUCGUACGAUUGGGUACAACUGCCUGAUGCGCGUGCGCGUCUCUAAUGGACUCAAAAUAACGCAACACCAUGGCAACUUUUCUACCCUGGGCUCUACCGAUCUAGAGUUGGGCGUGUUGGACGCAGACAAAGCAAUUUCGGCAACUUUGCAGCAUACCGGUCGAUUGAAUGAGCGAGGAUACGUAUAUCUACAGUCCGCUGUUCUCUAUACGAGUGUCGAGGGACAGCGAAGAGUAAGAACAUGCAAUCUUGCUCUGCCUGUCGUGGAACUGGCAUGGAAUGUUUUCAAGCUAGCAGAUCUGGAUGCGACAGUUUACUACUUGGCGCGACAUGCUAUUUCCAAGAUGUCGUCCGAGAAAAUGACUCAUAUUCGGGACGACUUAACGGAAAACUGUUCCUCCAUUUUGUUGGCAUAUCGCAACAAGUGCGCCAACACAUCCGCAAUUGAUCAGCUUGUUCUCCCGGAAUCAUUCAAGAGCCUCCCUGUCUACACUUUGGCCAUCCAAAAGUCAAAAUGUCUACGAGGCCGCAAUGUCUCGUCGGACGUCCGCAACUAUUAUGCUCAUCGAGUGAUGUCGAUGAGUGUGCGCAGCGUUAUGCAACUGCUUUACCCUCCGCUACUUGCGAUUCAUGAUCUUGCGCAAGAAUCCGGAAUGCCAGAUGAGACUACAGGACGACUUGUCUUACCAGACACCAUGCGGGACAGUCAUAUGUAUAUGGAGGCCCAUGGGGUUUAUCUAAUCGACAACGGCGAAAUGAUGGUGCUAUGGAUCGGAGGGAGCGUGUCUCCACAGCUUCUCCUCGACUUGUUCGGUCUUGACGACCUAAUGGCGCUGGAUCCGCAUUUGAGUGAGCUUCCGGUCUUACAGACAUGGCUAUCUACACAAGUGCGGAACAUCCUCGCUUACCGACGGACACAACGUGGUGGUCGUAUUUCCAAACUGCUUAUCGCUCGCCAAAAUCUGGACGCUGCUGAGCUGGAGUUCAGUGAUAUGCUCGUGGAGGACCAAAAUACAGGUACCAUGGCCUACCCCGACUUUCUUUCAGUUGUCCAUAACCAGAUCAAGCUCGUUCUUCAACAAGGCGGGUCGUUAGGCGGUGGAGCGACACUAAGGAACUCGGUUUGGUAG